GUUUCCUGUUGAUGUGCCACCUAUUCCUCGUUUCUCGGUGGUGUGGUGGUGGAAAUCAACAUUGUCAUGAUGAUGCAUGAAUUUAUGUCAUGGGUGAGUCCGUGAAAUUAGCGGGCGAACAGCAACUCAGAAACUGUGCUAGGAUACUCCGUGAGAUUAUCACAAGAAAAUAACGUGCUAAGCUUAACGGUUUUCACAGAUUGCAGUCAUGCUCGUCCACAAAUUUAGCCUAAUACGAAAGCAGUGCAUGAUCACAAAUUUUGGCACGUUUUGUGAUGCAUUGCUGCGUCACAAAUUCCGCUAGCAUUGACACUUCGUUUUCCUGUGAUAAAGAUCUUUGUCGUGGACGAGAUGGCUAUCAAGGCCUUGGUAUCCUGCAAAUCGACUUCCUCAGCUUCAUCCUCGGCUUGUCUUUGUCAUGCAAGUCUGCAUCCCCCGAAGGAAUGAAUUGAAAAUGCGUCAAGAGCAGACUCAUGAUGUAGUUGAGAGGCAUUUUUUAUUGAUGCUAAGCUGCCAUUCAAGAAUUGAACUUCUCAUGCUCUAAUUAUCAAGACAAAAAAUGGCAUUUGAUUCGUGAUGCUGUCGCUCUAAGCAAUCAGCACUAAUAUGUUGCGCACUCAAGAAUGAAUUUAACGAUACCCACGUGCGUGGAAGAUCCCAGCAAAAAAACCUUGCUUGUAGUCGAAUUCCCUCGGGUCUCGUCAUGGCAGCUUCAUUAUGUUGGGCUGGGGACGUUUUCACACAGGAUGCUUGGUUGGCGGU